CUACUUGUGCGUAUGCGGAACCUUUUGACAUGAGACGUGAUUUCAGUCCGGACGAAUAUCCACAGCGCCACUGUAAACAUGGCAGACAUUCCGAGUGAUGCGCCACAGCACUGCCCCGGUACGGCCAGUGAGCAGGCAGGGAAGACCUCAGCAUGUCAGGGUUGUCCCAACCAGAACCUCUGCUCCUCUGGAGCCACUAAAGCACCAGACCCAGGUUGCUCUCCUAGAUGUGGACAUCUGUGGUCCGUCCAUCCCCAGGAUCAUGGGUCUGGAAGGAGAACAGGUCCAUCAGAGUGGUUCUGGCUGGUCUCCUGUGUACGUGGAGGAUAACCUCGCCGUCAUGUCUAUUGGCUUCCUACUCAGCAGUCCUGAUGAUGCUGUUAUCUGGAGAGGACCCAAGAAGAACGGGAUGAUCAAACAGUUCCUGCGUGAUGUCGAUUGGGGGGAACUGGAUUACCUCAUCGUGGACACGCCCCCUGGCACCUCUGACGAGCACCUGUCCAUCGUCCAGUACCUUAGCUCCGCCCACAUCGACGGAGCCGUCAUCAUCACCACCCCGCAGGAGGUAUCUCUCCAGGAUGUUAGGAAGGAGAUCAGGUUCUGUCAGAAGGUCCAGCUGCCCAUCAUAGGAGUGGUGGAGAACAUGACUGGGUUUGUCUGUCCCAAAUGCAAGAACACGUCCCAGAUUUUCCCCCCCACCACGGGAGGAGCAGAGAGGAUGUGUGAAGAGAUGAACCUUACUCUGUUAGGACGAGUCCCACUGGACCCCAGAAUAGGUAAGAGUUGUGAUGAAGGGAAGUCAUUCCUGACUGAAGUCCCAGACUCCCCUGCUGCUGCUGCUUACCACACUAUAGUACAGAGUAUCCAGGCCUACUGCUUGUCCCAUGUGACACGGGAGGAGAGUGCUGUCUAGAAGCCAGUCUGGAGGCCGCCAUGUUGCUCUGGAUGCCAGGGACGGAUCACAUGUCCAGGGUCCUACUGUCUGGAGAAUGAA